GAGUCGCGAGAGCAGCAGCAGCAGCAGCAGCAGCAGACAGUUCCACCAGAGACACAGCCAGAGCCAAACCCAAGAGCACACAGCCCCCCGUACAGCACAGCACAGCAGCAACAUGAUGUACUGAAGAAAGGAUUCUCCAUGGCCAAGGAGGGAGUGGUGGCCGCCGCCGAGAAGACCAAGGCUGGGGUGGAGGAGGCGGCAGCCAAGACCAAGGAGGGGGUCAUGUAUGUAGGAAACAAGACAAAGGAGGGAGUGGUAUCAGGAGUGAACACAGUGGCCCAAAGAACGACUGAUCAGGCCAACAUCGUGGCCGACACAACAGUUGCCGGGGCCAACGAGGUGGCUCAACAGACAGUGGAUGGCGUUGAGAACGCGGCGGUGUCAACCGGAUUGGUCAACCCGGCUGAUUUCUCCCACACGGAGGGAGCGGCAGAGGAGGGGGGGCAGUGUCAGUCCUGAGCGUGAGCUGCAGCGUCGUCCCUCUCCUCAGUUUGGGUUCAACUCUGCGUGAGCUGCUGGUUGGCCCUCCCAUCUCCGCCUCUGGAUCCCAGAAUGCUUUCUGUUGUGUGACUCAGUGAAACUAAACAUUCAGAGAGAUUUCCCCCUCGCCUCUACACCGCCCCAUCCACAACACACCCUCUACCCUUCCCUGCCCCCCUCAACUCACCCUAGCCCCACCAUUAACCCACCUCAUCACUGUGACCCCCCUUUCCAGAACAUCAGAACACACACACACACACGCAAAAUGCAGUGGCACUUAGAAUUACUUUGUAGAACCGUGAUCAUUUCCCUGCUCUCUCUAGAGGUUUAGCAAAAGUGAAACUUUCUGGUAGUGUGCACGCUGUCAGCUAAUGUAACACCUGUACUUAUACAGUAGAUGUACUUAUAUUGGUGUAUGCUUUUUGGUCAGGAUUGUUGAUUAAGAUGUGUUUGAAGCCUGUGUAUUUAACCCAUUGUGUCUUAUUGCCUGAUAUUUACCCCCGUCCCUUAAUGUGACAGAUCAGGGUUCAGAGUUAGAGCGAAGGUGGAGAAAGGGUUAACAGCAGCACUGCCCAAUCCUCCUCCCCCCCCCCCCCACUUCCACUGUGUUCUUCCUCGCCCUUCCGUUAUUUUUUUAUUUUUUUUGACCAAGGAAGUCCUAAACCUCAGGGCUCUGUUGAAGUAUUAUAAUUAGAGGGCUUUCGUAGGCAAAAGUUUGUAUUGGAAAUAUGUAGGUCAUAAACAGAUGUUGUGUACCUUCUCAGCCUGUGGUGUUUACCAUCCACACUUUCAGCUUGGAUUUCCUGUCAUAGUCAGCAAGAGCAUAGGCGGAAAUCCCGGGGGGGACAGGGGGGACACGACCCCCCAAUCCUGGGAAAAAUAUGAUUUGUUCCCCCCAAUAAAUCACUGUAAACAUAAGGACAUUUCAAUAAUAUUAAUAAUAUAUAUUUAACAUAUAACAAUGUAGGCUAUGUGUUUUGGUGUCCCCCUCAGGAAUUUCUCUUGAGAAAAUGUCAUAUAAUUGUCCCCCCCCCAAAUUUAUAGCAGAUUUUCGCCACUGAGCAAGAGGGUUCAUGAUGGUGAGGGGUUUCACCAGGUUACAUGUAAAACUGUUACAUGGACCCUGCUGUGUUAACCUUCUAUUAUAGAUGGUAGAAAGAGAAAUUAAUUUAAAAAAACUGUGUGGUUAUAUAUAUUGACUUUGCUUGUUCCAAGAUUAUUUUCCUCAAAUGUAGAUAUAUGAAUGAUUUGAAAACGUUGCAAAAAUAAGUAAAUACAGCAAUGUAUGUCUCUACAAGAGCCACAUUUUACAGUGAUGUUAUACUUUGGUCUUUGUCAUCGUGCUUUCACUCUGUGAUAAGCCACACCGUCUGUCACUCAACCGGGUGCUCUGGCCCCUCCCCCUGUCUUCUGUCUGCUCUUGGUCACUAAAAAUAGGUCUUUUAA